AUGGCUUGGAUCGGUGUAAAUAUCAGUAACGUCUCUUCGGAGAGUGCACCGUUUGGCGACGGUCCUCGGGAUGAGCGCUUGGCGCAGGUGGAAAUCGCCCUUCUCGCCAUCAUCUUCAUCACAGCGGGGAUCCUAAACUUUGGGAUCUUGCUGGUGCUGUGGAAGCGCAGGAAGCCGCUCUCCAGAAUGCGCGUCUUCGUUUUCCACCUGUGCGUCGCUGACUUGGUGGUCACAUUUUUCCAAGUCUGCCCCCAACUCAUCUGGGACAUCACCGACAGAUUCGUCGGUCCAGAUGUGCUGUGUCGGGCUGUGAAGUACCUGCAGGUGGUCGGGAUGUUCGCCUCCACGUACAUGAUCGUGGUGAUGACCAUAGAUCGAUACCAAGCCAUCUGCAAACCCAUGGUAACUUUCCAGAGGCGCAGGGCGCGCUGGAACGGUCCGGUGUGCGCCGCCUGGUGCGUCUCCGUCCUCUGCAGCCUCCCGCAGGUCUUCAUCUUCUCUCGGGUCGAGGUCGCUCCCGGCGUGUACGAUUGUUGGGCGCAGUUCAUCGAGCCGUGGGGACGGAGAGCCUACGUAACCUGGACGACUUUGGUGAUAUUCGUCCUGCCAGUUCUCACCGUGAUCGUGUGCCAGGUGCGCAUCUGCCGCGCAGUGCAGCUAAACUUCCACAUGAAGACGCACCACGUCGGGGAAGCGGUCAGCAAGCCUCCGUCAUCGAGGGCCAGCAGCGUGGCAGGAGUGUCCAAGGCCAGGGUGAAGACGGUGAAGAUGACCGUGGUCAUCGUGCUCGCAUACAUCCUCUGCUGGACACCUUUCUUCACCGUGCAGCUCUGGUCUGUCUGGGACGACGAGGCACCCACACAGAGUGCAACCUUCACCAUCUUGAUGCUGCUUGCCAGUUUAAACAGCUGUGUGAACCCCUGCAUCUACAUGCUGUUUAGCGGAAAGCUACCCAAAAGGGUGGUCAGCCUGCUUUGUGUAGGUCAGCCUGACCUGAAGGAGUCCAUGCAGGAAGAAGCCACUGUGGUCAGCUCCAUGUACAUCAGCCUCAAGAGCCUAUCGGACUGCAGAUGAAAGCCCCGAUGAUCACACACUAACUACAUCUCAUUUCACAUGGUGUGAAAGUAUGACUCCCUCAUGGUAAAGACUGAAACUCUUCUAAUAAAUGUGAAGGCAAACAGCCUAGCAGUGUAAUGUUCCUACUGUACAGAUGAUCACUGCAUACAACGCUUUCAUAAAGAAAGUGCCAGACACACUAUCUUGCACAUCACAUUUUGAAAACAUUUUUCAAAUUAAAAGAACAAAAACAAUAAAUAAAAAAAGAAGCUGUGACUGAAAUAUGUCCUCAAGUACUGGAUGAAUUCACUAAAAUUCCAAAUUUGACAUUCGUGGUGCUCAGAGGAAGAGGAAGAGUCUCUCUGCAAGCGCUAACCUGAGCUUGAAUAUUACUUUGACUUUAUUAGCAGGAAAUGCUCAGAUAUGAAUGGUCUCCAGCUGAUAAUAACUUGAGCAGUAGCGUUUUCUUCUGGCACCGUUAUCAGGUAGGAGUUUUAUUUUGUCUGAGACCAGCUGACAAGUAAAUACCUCGAAAGCCAAUAAUCACAUCCCCAUCAGCUUCAGUUGUGAUUUGAUUAAAAAGACUGCGGUGCAUGACUUGAAAUGUUGUUUCUGAUAUUUUACUGCGUUGAAUAUUUUCCCCAAAAGGUUGUUUAUCAGCUGAUCUUGUGAAAUGUUUCACCUAAAUGCGGUUGUUCCCGUGUCCGUGUUUAAAUAUCUCGUAUGUCAUCUGAAUUAAAUCCUUCCAGCCCUUUUUACGCCCACGUGUACAUACGAUCAUGUGUAUGACAGUGUCCGACCUACACUCGGUGGUUUAAAUAGUUGCAGACGACAUUAAUAGUACUUAUUUUCAGACACUCUGUUCAGUGCCCCUAGAGAGUCAUUGAUACAUUUUGCCAUUUUUCCUUUCAUCCCCCAAGGAUCUAGGGCUGUGAUUUCUGAUGACUCGUUUCUUUC